CUGUGUCCUCUGUGUUCACUGGCACCAGACUGGCACUCACUGCUCUGUCGCUGUGAGCACGGCCCUCCUCUCCCCUUCUCUCUGCAGCGUGGACCAAAGACCUCAGAUCGUUUCCUGCAUUUUCUGCAGCUCCCUCUUGUUUUCAGUGGACUUUUAUUUAUUUUUUUUGGUGGAAGAACCAGGGUUGUAGACGUACCUCCAGAAUAGAUUUUUUCUUUUGCUUCUAAGAGUUGUGUCAAUCUUCCAAGAUGGCACCGUUGAAGAGUUGGGUAUUGGGACUCCUGCUGGUGCUCCUGUGCUCAUCCCAGCUGCCACUCUCGGGGGUAGUUAGUGCCCAGAACGUGGCCGAAGCAGAGGCCGACCUCUUUGCCAGAAACGAUGAGGUUGUGGCAGAGGAGGGCGACACCACUGAGGGCGAUGGUGGUGCUAUUGAGGAAGAUGAAGAGGUAGAAGGAGAGGAAGGUGAAGAAGAAUCAGACGAUGAGGAAGAGGAGGCAGCUGAAGGAGAAGAAGAUGAUGAGGCUGCAGAUGAGGAAGAGGAGGAUGAUACCGAAGAAGAGGAGGAUGAUGAGGUGGCAGCCGAGGAAGAGGAUGAUGAUGAUGAGGAGGAGGAGGAGGAGGAGGAGGAGGAAGAUGAUGAGGAAGAUGAGGAAGAGGCUGCAGAUGAGGAAGAGGAGGCUGCUGAAGAGGAGGAGGGGGAUGAUGAUGAUGAUGAGGAGGAGGAGGAGGCUGCAGAUGAGGAAGAGGAGGCUGCUGAAGAGGAGGAGGGGGAUGAUGAUGAUGAUGAUGAAGAGGAGGAGGAGGCUGCUGAAGUGGAGGAGGGGGAGGAUGAUGAUGAUGAUGAUGAGGAGGAGGAGGCUAAUGCUGAAGAGGUAGCAGCUGAGGAGGAUGAUGAUGAAGAGGAUGAAGAUGAGGAGGAUGAAGAGGAGGCUGCUGAAGAGGAGGAGGGGGAUGACGACGACGAUGAUGAGCAGGAGGAAGAGGCAGCAGCUGAGGAGGUAGCAGCUGAGGAGGAUGAUGACGAGGAGGAUGAAGAUGAGGAGGAUGAAGAGGAGGCCGCAGAUGAGGAUGUUACAGCAGAAGAAGAGGAUGCUGAGGAAGACGAGGCAACCGAAGGAGAGGAGGUAGCUGCGGAAGAGGACGAUGAUGAUGCUGAAGAAGAUGAGGAGGAAGAGGAUGAUGAUGAUGAGCAUGAGGACGUCGCAGCAGAGGCCCAGGAGGACGCCGUGUCCGACUUGCUGCAUUUCCGCUCUGGCUCUUUGUGCAGCGUGUGCUCCAUCUGCCAGCACUGCUCCAGUGGCUGCGAGAAGUGCCCAUGUGAGGAGGGAGACGAGUCGGACCACUGCGAGCACUGUCAGGGAUGCUCGUCCUGCUACCUCUGCCCCAUCCUGUGCGACACCAUUUGCUCUCCAGGCGGCCUUGUGGACGAGCUGACUGGGUCCCUCUUUCAGUGAGUGUUGACGGGGGAGAAUGAGGUCAGUUGCUCGGCCAAACACGGGCGGAUGGUGGCCGUUCCCGCUGGAUGGUUUUCAGACGCGGCUCUGUGUUGUGCCAAGAGAAACGUGUUCUCCAUUGCUUCCCGGUGA